GUAGUUUUUAAGUGAGAUGGAACUUGGGUUACACAAGAUAAAUCCACAUCUUGAAAGGGGUACAGUAGUCUGGAAAGGCUGAGAGAUAAUCAUGCUAUCUCUGAUUUCAUCCUUCCUGAACAGGGUUUCAGGAGAAAAUGUUCCAAUGGAUAGCCUCCAGAAAUUUAUUCCAGUCACUUUUAUCCUAUUUGCCUCAGUAACAGGUUUUGGCUUUGAUUAUUCUAUUAUAAAUGGCCCUGCUAAUGCAACCGUCCUAGCCGGUUCAGAGGCCCGGUUUAACUGUACUGUGUCACAAGGAUGGCAAGUUAUCAUCUGGCUUUUAAACGGGAAUGCUGUUCUCACGACAACUCCUGCUGGAGGGGCUGUUGUAACAAUGGAUCGCUUCACUCAGCAAAAUUAUACCAGCGGUGAGACUUUUACCUCAGAGCUAAUCAUCCACAACGUCCAGCUGGACGAUUCUGGUCAAAUAGAAUGCAGCAUCCAACUUAGUAUCACCAACAGCUAUGCCUUUCUUUCUGUGCAAGUUAAUGGAUCUUUGCUCAUCAAAGAUCACAACUCUACAGUAAGAAAGAAUGAAACAAUUGACAUUGUUUGUGAAGCCUUAGGAUGGGCUCCAGCUCCAAACAUGACCUGGAUGAUAAACGACUCUUUUGUAGAUAAGUCCAGGUAUGUUACUAACCAUAGUCAAGGAUCUAAUGAUCUUCACAAUGAAGUGAGCACCUUAACUUUGACUCCGAUGGCCAAUGAGACACUGACUUGUUUAGCUUAUAUAGAGGCUCUCCCUAAGCCCCAGAAUGCAACUGUAACUCUUAUUGUGCAGGAUUCUCUUGCAGAAAAUGGUAACCAAGAAGACAGCACACGGACACGGACUAUUAUACUUGCAGUCACAUUGUCAAUUGGUUUUCUUCUUCUGAUCAUUAUUAUUUUUAUAAUAAUAUACUGCUGCUUAAAAAACAAAGAGUCCACCUAUCAAAAGGAGUUGAGAAAAGUUUCAACUAAGAAAACCAAUGAUGGCAGUAUGAAGACCAGGAGAAGCAGUGGUAAUGAAAAUUCUGGGUAUAGUCCAGAGGACCCAGUGUAUACAAAACAAAUGCCAAGAAUUGCUCCUCUUCCUCCAAUGGCCUCCAGCUUGUAUCGCCCAGAACAAGAUUUAGAAGUCAAUUCUACGUCAGAGGUACCUUAUAAGGUGCAGCAGAACAGAGUAUCACCUCGAAGACCUACUGAUUAUCCAGCCAACCCAAGGAAAAUCAGAAAUGUGACACUUGUGUAGGAAUUACUGCCCUUUGAUGUUCCUGUGUCACUGAAAUUUAUACCUUUGGAUGACUUCCUGCAACAUAGAAAGAUCACCAUAAUUUCACUUAUAUUUGAAAACAGAACCAUAGAUUUAUUUAUUUUUCAUAUAAUGAACAAUUUUUACCAAGAGACACUAACAAUAUUGACUUUAACAUGCACAUUUUCAAUAAAAUUCUGUAUACAAAUCAUGGCUCUGAUCCUGUAGUAGGAUACAAGCAGGUGCACCCUGCAGAGCUCCACUGACUCCCAGGGGAUUUCCUAAGGGCAAGGGGGCCAUUCAGUGGAGUCCCAUGGAAAUCAGUAAUGUUCCAAGUGGGCACAAAGGUUUGCUCACCUCGAUCCAACUGAAAGAUCAUUGACUAUAUAAGCUGGAGAUUUAUUAGUCCAGAACAGCAAAAUCUACUGCUGUUUAGUGUAAUGUCGCUUUUAUUAUUACUUAAUUUAUACUUUCCAAUCCUCUCAAGCUCCAUCAUCAACAAAACUUUUCCAUUUCUUAUUUCCUAAUAUGAGCUAAAAUUUUCAAUAGGGCUGGUUGAGGAUUUUCAAUUAAAACUGAUUUAUACUAAAAAUUAGGUUGUCGACUAAAAUUUUUUUGCAUAAAGUGACUGUUUUCUAAAGAAAAAUUCAACUCUUUGUCAAAAAAGCGAACACAUAAAAGCAUGAAAAAAUCUGUUUUUGAUUGAAAAACCAGAAUAUGUCAGCUGAAAAAUGAAAAAUGUUGAUUCAGAAUUCAUGUGGCAAUGCCUCAUGAGAGCUGAAGUUUGGAUGUGUUAUUUCUUGGAGUUCUAUGCUCAGUUCUCCAGCCAGACAUCUCUCUUGGCUUACUCUGGCCAGAUUCUCUCAUGAUGCAUCACAGUGACUCAUCAAGAUGGGAGACUGUGGUGCAUCAUGGGAGAUGUAGUCUGACAUCAGAGCUUGGCCUAUAGAGGAGAAUGGGGGCAUGAUGCACCUGAACUACACCUCACAUGAGGCACUGAAGUGUCAUUACCAAGUACAAAGUUUUGGUUUUCAGCCAAAAAUUAUGGGCUGAAACUUUUUCAAUUUUCAGCGGAAACUUUUCAGUUUAUGAUUUUUCACCAAAAAGUUAAAAUUUUCCAUGGAAAAAAAAUUUUCUAACCAGCUCUAGCUGCCAUAUACUUAUCCUAUAAUUUAUAUAUUGAUAUUUCAUAAGGACUAUUUCUUUUGAAUGUUGGAAAGAAGUGAUGACACCACAGUUAUCUCUACAAUGAUAUUCUAUGCAACAAAGAGAAUAAAUCCGGAUCCUGAAUUGUGGGAAAAUUUUGUUUUGCACUCUGAGUAUUUUCAAUUUCAUUCAUUGUGACUACUGAAUCCAGAUUCUGCAUUAUUAGUAGCAUUUUACUGUCAGUCAGAUAAAAUGCUGAAGCCAAUUCAUAUUUUGACACAUCCAAUUAGAGCUUUUUUAAAAAUUUCAAACAAAACAGAAAAUGCUGAUUUGAUGAAAAAUUAUCAGACAUUUUAUUUUGAUACGGUAGAAUAACCUCAUUUCAACUGUAAUGUUUAGACUUUUAUAUUACCUUAAUAUAAUAUAUAAAACACUCAAAAAAGCACUUUGAUAUGGUCACUUUGAUAUUUCUGAAACAAUAAUGUUCAGAAUUUUCAGUUCACGGGAAAUUUUGAUUUUUUGUUCCAGUGAAAGGAAAUUUUGAAAUGUCAGAAGUUCCCGUGGUAUAGAAAUUAUGACAUUAGACCAGUUUAGGUUCUCCACUAGAAAAUGUUGAUAUGACAAAACAGAAAUAUUUCAUGGGAAAACAGCAAUAUGGUAGACAGUUUCAAUAGGCAAUUAUCAAAAUGUUUCAUUUCAAUAAGGUCAAAAUGUUUCAUCUUUAUCAUUUUGAAUAUUAUAUUAUUAUGUAACAUAAAAGCUGAAAAGAAACAUUUUGAGGUUAAAAUAAAAUAUUUUUGGAAUGUUUUCAUUUUCUACAAAAUUCCAAGAUUUUGACUUUUCAUCCCAAUCUGGGACAAAACCAAAUUUCCAGAUGUCAUGCAGGAUGGAAAUUGCACUUUUUGGUCAACUCUAGUUCAAGUCUGUGUUGGUCCCAAUACAUAAGAAAGAAGGCAUCCAUGAAUGUAUCAUGGUGUAAAGUUAUGCAUCCGAUGAAGUGAGCUGUAGCUCACGAAAGCUUAUGCUCUAAUAAAUUUGUU